AUGGAAAAAAUUGAACAUCUUAAGUUGACAUUAUUAAAUGAAAAUGGUAGCUGUUCUGAUACAUCUAUUGUAAAUGUUGAUAAAUUAUCACAAGAUAUAAAUGAAUCAAUGAAUUGUAAAAAGGAUAUUGAAUGUGAUACAAAUUAUGAACCAAUUUGUGGUACAGAUGGAAUAACAUAUGUUAAUCGAUGUCGUUUAAUGAAAACGCGAUGUUUUAAUAAAACAUUAUUAGCAGCAUAUAAUGGUGAGUGUUGUACAAAUCGAUGUGAACAGCAUUGGGCACCUGUAUGUGAUAAUCGCAAUAUUACACAUUUAAAUUUAUGCAUGUUCAAUGUGCAAAAUUGCAUUGCUACACGAAGUGUUGGUGAAUCAUUGCAUAUUGUUAGUUAUGCAGCAUGCACGAAUGAUGCAUGCAACAUGCAAUGCAAACCAAAUAUUUAUCAACCUGUUUGCGCUUCAAAUGGUAUAACAUAUCAAAGUGAAUGUGAAUUAAAUAAUGUAAUUUGUGAACUAAAUAUGCAAAAUAAUCAAUGGAAUUGGAUGAGAAAUAUUGAAACAAAACUGGAACUUGACUAUAUAGGUGAAUGUUGUGAGGAAACUACUGGAAAAUGUGAUGAGAAUGAUAAUUUGUCACCAAUUUGUGAUAGCGAAGGUCACACGCAUAAUAAUGUUUGUGAUUAUGAACGAAUGGCAUGUCUUUCACAGAGACGUUUUCAAACAAAUUUAACAAUUCGAUAUUGGGAUGAAUGUUGCAUAGAUGACUGUCAACGUGAGCAAACACAAAUGCCACUUUGUGAUAAUACACAAACAACGCAUGAAAAUUGGUGCAAAUUUAGAUUAGCACAAUGUGAAUCACAUCGUCGCUUCAAACGUACACUUCAAUUAGCAUAUAUUGGUGAAUGUUGUAUGAUAUCAAACGAUGAUAAUUGCACUGAUAAUAAUUCAAUUUGUGAUACUGAUGGAGUAACACAUCGUAAUUUGUGUACUUUUCGAAAUAAACAAUGCAUAAUAAAACGAACAGAACAGAAAUUAAUUAACAUUGCUUAUUAUGAAAUAAUGUGA